CUGGACACUCUGUUCGGACGUCCUCGUAAAGGAGCAAACAACUCCCCUCGGCCUCACUCGGAUUUGGGGCUGCCCGGCGGUGGCAAUGGUUUCCACGGUGGAGCAGGUCCAGGGGGAGUCGCAAAUGCAGGAGGCGAUAAGGCCGGCGGCUACGGAGGCGCCACGAGCAAUCACAACGAGGGUGGACACAGUAAUAGAUCCGCCGAGAUAGCAGCCCUCAGUCAGAAAGAACUGGAGGUUCGCUUCGAGGCACUUCUGAAUGAUAUGAAUUUAUCAGAGGCCAAAAAGACUCCGCUGUUAAAUAUGCCCGACGAUUACAAACGCAAAAUGUUGGUAAUGCACUUGAAAGGUGCUUCAGAUGAAUACCGUCCACAUUCCAAAUUCGACAAAGCUCACGAUUAUAUAAAUUAUUUAGCACAACCAGAAUUAAGUCUGAAUAAAACGCAUGCGUGCGUUGAAAGUUUAAGAAUCGCUCUGACGAACAAUCCCUUAAGCUGGGUACAAGACUUCGGAACAAAAGGUUUGCAACAGCUGCUUGAAACGCUGAACGAAUGCUACAGGAAAAA